CCGCCCCUCCCCCGGCGCGCGCAGGGCUGCUGCGGCGCGGCGCGGUCAAGUGCGGGCGGCGGCGGUAGAGGGCGGCUCUGACAGUGCCGGUGGGGCAGUGCUGGCGCUCCCCGGACCCUCCGUUGGCCUUCGGGGUGGCGGCGGCCGAACCUCUCCCUGUCUUGCACCUUGCUGCAGUGGCGGAGCUCCCCGUGCCGCCAAGGCCGGUUGUGCGGCAGCAGGAAGCACCGCUCCCCGUGACGGCAGGACUCCCCGUGGCCGAGCGCCGCUGUCAGCCGGGUGGGCACCCGCGGCCUCGGAGACCUUUUCGGCAGCGCGACGCUCAGCGCUAGCCAGUCCAUGGAUUACCUGAAAGCAACAAUAAAAUAAAUUCGUAGUCCAUCCUCAGCCUCUCUGGGUGACUGCAGAAGACAUAGAAUUGUGGCAUCACAACAGAUUGGAAGUUGAGCGAGUUGAGGACUAUGUCUGAAUGUAUCCAGUUCUCAUUUGCUGUUUGUAGAAUUGGCAUUUACACGUGUUUUAGAGCACUUUGCUGCAAGGGACCACCUCCACCACGACCUGAAUAUGACUUGGUUUGCAUAGGUCUCACUGGUUCUGGCAAGACAAGUCUUCUGUCACAGCUUUGCAGUGAAAGCCCGGAUAACAUAGUGUCUACCACAGGUUUUAGUAUAAAAGCGGUGCCAUUCCAGAAUGCCAUCUUGAACGUAAAAGAACUUGGAGGGGCUGCCAAUAUCAGGAAAUACUGGAGUCGUUACUACCAAGGAUCCCAAGGGGUAAUAUUUGUAUUAGACAGUGCCUCCUCUGAAGAUGAUCUAGAAACGGCUAGGAAUGAACUGCAUUCUGCUCUGCAGCACCCACAGUUAUGUACUUUGCCGUUUUUAAUACUGGCCAAUCAUCAAGACAAGCCAGCAGCUCGCUCCAUACAAGAGAUAAAAAAAUAUUUUGAACUUGAGCCACUUGCUCGUGGAAAGCGCUGGAUUCUUAAACCCUGCUCCUUGGAUGACAUGGAGGCAGUAAAAGACAGCUUCUCCCUUCUAAUAAACUUGCUAGAAGAGAAAGACUUCGAACCUUCAAGAAUGUGAAAUAUAAGAGAGAAGAGCGGUUCUCCAGGCGUCGCUGUACCUGCACAUUCUGCUGACAGCUUGUGAUAUGUUGUUCAUACACAGUUAGUCCAGAGUGUCAUUUUGUUAAAAUAAAUAUUCUGUGAAUCAGGUACACAACUGUUUCCAGUAGAGUUGUCCACACUACUGAAAUAGGGAGUUCCUCUAUGUUUACCACUAUUUCUGCACACUGCAUGUUGUUUUCUUGUGUUACAAUCGUCCUUGAUAGGGAAUGUAACACACACAAAAAUAACGCAGUCUGUAAAGGAGGGAUUCUACCUGCUAC